UAAAAUUAGUAGGCAUCGGGGAAGAGAGGGAAGAAUAUAACGAUUCUAAACCCAAAGAGUACAAGCAUGCAGUUAACAGAUUCCUUUUAUGGACACUACCUUCUCAAAAUGAUCACCGAAAAUAGAUUUAGAAGUACAGCAGAGUUGCAAACCUGUGUGCCUGCACUGUGAGUAGGUGGGUUAUCGCCCCUCCCCCCCUGCUCCCUUAAGUCACUAGCUUCAGAAAUAUUGUUACUGAAAGCACGAGGUUUCGCAAAUUACUGGAAGUAUGAGCAAGAGUUGAUCAAAACUGGAGGUGCUGUUCGCUGAGUGUGCAUUGAAAACAAAUUCGAAAGUCCUGAGGUUGGUCAGAGUAGGACAUUGCAUAAUGUGGAAAGUGUCAUGAUUAUACUUGAAGACAGGACACGCCUGCUCAGCAAACAGGUUCAGUGAAGAUAUUUUUUUUAUCCAGUUGUCUUCCAAUUGCACAGCCUCCAUUGCGUUUGCUUAUGUGGUAAAAAAAAAAAUGGCAGUUCAUGGCCUCGCCCAAGAGUGAGGAGUGUUCUACAGACCCCUGUUCCAAAAACUACUGCAAGACUUUGAGCCUCAACACAAAAUCCUUCAAUAUUGUUCAAACACAGGAGAGCAGGCCAUCUUAUUCUGUUGCCCAGCAUCCACUAUGGGAAUGGGAUUGUUACAAUGUGAUUGUACCUGUCAGGAAACCAAACACUUGCUCCAGCCCAACCCACCGCGUUGCCUCUCAACCCUAUCCUUCUGUGGUGGGAGGUAAGAGCAGGGUAAUAAUGCCAGGUUUCCACAACAGUUUCCAUUCUAACGUAUUGGUCAGCCCUUUUGAGUCCUCCUCGAUUCAUGAUCGAACUAGUCACGGCUACAGAUCCUACCAGAAACUCGAGUCCCUCGGCUCGCGGCUCGGCGGGCUUGGAAAUAGAACAACGCCAAUUUCGUACGUUAAUGGGUUCAUCCAUUCCAUCCCUUCCCGAGCGAUCUCUUGCGACAGUGCCAUUUCUCCGAUUUCUCAGCACAAUAAUUCUCACAGCGCGGGCGGCAACGCAGUGCCCGCGGUCAAAAAUAACCCGGGUCACGGGGGGAAACCUACAUCGCUGUGUCGCAAGCCGCUGCUAAACACGAACGCAUUCAUGAGGCCGACCAGUGCCAAAGUGCCUUUGUACCAGAAAUUGGACAAGGGCUCCAAAACCGCUCUUACGAAUGGCACCAAUGAGUUUGGAGACAUGGAAAACUUGGCUAAACACAACGGCAGCAGCGCCAGGGGUCUAGCCGGAAGCCCUAUUCACGGUAACGUGGAGGUUAAAGGCUCUCAUCAGAGCGAACAUUCCUACGGUAACUUGAAGAGUGCGAUCAAGCUCACCAGGAGCAUUCCCGGUGAUCCAGAAAUAAAAUUUAACGAAGCGGUGAAAAGAUUAUCAGAAGACCGCCUUCCAAAGAACAAUCUGCACGAGCGAUGUGUGACUUUUUCAAAAGAAACUGAAGGCUUGUCUUCCCAUGGUAUUCAACUUCAAAAUGGACUGUACAACGGUACUGGGGGAAUAUUCAAAAGAGCAUCGCCCAAUCUCACAGCCUUCAAGUCUGAGUACGUGUACGCGAAUUGUAAUUUGGAACCUCUGGUUAAAGAAAGCAGUGCGAUUAAAGAGAAUGCCGUGGCUAGUGGCAAUAAAACGCCGGUUGGUGUUUUGUCCACCAAUGUACGCAUCCAGAAUCAAAGCCCCGUCGGUGUUCCAGGGCCCGCUGGCUUGCAACAAGUAACCGACCAAACUAAGAAGCGGUCCUCUCUCUCGGCCCCGAAGAUGAACAUUAGUUCCCUCACGUUACAGAUAGCUGCCAUGCAGCUCAGGCCUGCAAGUAAAGCUAUAAAAGAGGCAGAAAAUUCCAAGAACGAGGACGAUUCUCAAGGCUCAGAUGUUGACCUUGAAGAGGAGGAGUUUGCCGAUGGCCUGGAGGAAGCCAGCAGCCAGGACUAUGAUGAGGAGUCUGAGUGUUCCACCCUUACGGAUUCCUCUUCUACCAUUUCAAUGGAAGGUUCAACCAAGCUGAAUUUUAAUGAUGCAAUGCCCGAGUCUCCUGAUACCAAGUCUGUUUUUGAUAUCGGGUACACACCAUCGCAUGAGUAUAAACAUCAAGUUCCUAAACCAGCAUUAAUUAAAAGCCUAUUCUAUGAUAUGCCUUUGAUCGUAUAUUUUGGGACUCCAAACGAGAAAAUUGAACAAUUGCCAUGGGAGCUAAGGAAGCAGAUGAAAUGGAGAAUGUCAAAUGUAACACCAAUAGUUGUGAAAAAUGCAGUGGCCAAGUCCCAUUUCAAAAUUACUAAAAGAUCGUACGAUUGGAUGGGUUGCUGGGGGCACCAUAUGAAGUCGCCACUGUUUAAGACCCUCCGGGAAUAUCAGAAGCUGAAUCACUUUCCAGGAUCGUUUCAAAUCGGGCGCAAGGAUCGCCUGUGGCGUAACUUGUUGAAAAUGCAGUUACGAUUUGGGAAAAGAGAGUUCAGCUUUUUUCCACAAUCCUUCAUCCUCCCUCAUGACAUCAAGCUGUUGAAGAAUGCCUGGGCAGACGGCUCUACCAAGCAGAAAUGGAUUAUUAAACCACCUGCAUCUGCAAGAGGAAUUGGGAUUCAAGUUAUUCACAAAUGGAAUCAGAUCCCCAAGAAGCGACCUCUGCUGGUUCAGAAAUACUUGCACAGACCCUACCUCAUUGGUAACAGUAAAUUUGAUUUAAGAAUAUACGUCUAUGUAACCUCAUAUGAUCCUCUGCGGAUAUACAUGUUUACAGAUGGCCUGGUCCGUUUUGCAAGCUGCAAGUAUUCAUCUUCCAUGAAGAGCCUUAGUAACAAAUUUAUGCAUCUCACAAACUACAGUGUAAAUAAACUAAAUGCAGAAUACAAGCCCAACAGUGAUGGAAAGCUCUGUCAAGGCCAUAAGUGGAGUCUUAAGGCGCUGUGGCUGUAUCUUAAUCAAAAGGGAGUGAAGAUCGAACAAUUACAGGAACAAAUGAAGGAUGUGAUCAUUAAAACAAUCAUAGCUUCUGAAUCUUACGUGAAUAGUCAGGUAAACCUGUAUGUAAGAAACCGUUACACCUGCCACGAGCUCUUUGGAUUUGACAUAAUGCUGGAUGAGAACUUGAAAAUGUGGGUUCUAGAAGUCAAUAUCUCACCAAGCCUCCAUUCAAAUUCCUCAUUGGAUGUUAACAUCAAGGGGCAGAUGAUCAGUGAUCUUCUGAAUCUGGCUGGAUUUAUUAUUCCUCAAAAAGAAGAUGUAACUCCAAAUGGCACAAAAAGUGCAUCCGCAUCAAGGCCAAAGAGCAGUGAUCUUACACCAGAUGAAAAACUGAAACGGGUCUAUUACCUAAGUCAGAAAUCGCCACCUAAGGACUUCUACUCCACGCUUCUGGACAUUCUUACCCCCGACGAUAUUCGGAUGUUAAUGGAAUCGGAGGACGAGUACAACCGCCGGGGACAGUUUGAGCGGAUCUUCCCUGGCCUCAUGUCCUCGCGCUAUCUCCGAUUCUUUGAGCAGCCCCGCUACUUCAACAUCUUGCUGGACCUGUGGGAGCAAAAGCAUGGCCGGAACAGGCAGACAGCAAUUGAAAUGUUGCAAGAACUGAGUUAUCGGAGGGUUCAUCUGGGGUCGUCCGUUAAUCCUACACACGUCUGGCAUCCACCCAAAAAUAUGUUUAUUCCGAAGUUGGACAUCAGCCAGAAUGGAGUGUGUAAGUCAUCUCGUUCCCAAGAGAGCCGUGAGUCCCCACAAGGCACACACAUGAGUCUCCUCCAGCCACUGCACCAAUCAUCCUGAGAUCCUUCGGACAAGUUGCUGCCUCGUGGAGGGGGCGCUCUCUGCCUUCUCCGGUUGCCCCCUUUCCAGCGGCCAAACCCUUGUUGCUGUCUACUCCUGGGAAGCUUGAUCUUUGAAGCCUACCUCAGCCGAGGAUGAAAACAAAGGGGGGAGAGCAGGAAUGUCAGUCCUUUCAGCGUGUUUUUUUCUUUUUGUUUUUUUUUUUACCGCUUGCAGUCGUUAACGCACUGAAACUCCCCGAAUUUUGGACCAGAUCAGUUAUUUAUUGCAAUAUCGAAGUACGAGCUAUGCAUCUCGAUCAGCCCCCCUCCCCUCCCCCCCCCAAAAGCCUUACGGAACAAUGUAAUUAAUAUACAGGAGUUCUAUCAGCUUCUUGUUCUACCCCCCACUCCACCCCUGAAUUCCCGCUCCUCGUUUGGCUGGAACUAAACGCUGGUUGCCAGCUUCAGCCGAGCACAACUGCUAUUCUCCACCGAAAACUCUUUGUAAUGGUACGCAAAUCAGCUUUUGGGUUGGCGAUCCUCUCCGCUGAUAGAAGACGAUCCAGAAAACGCGGCUAUACCUCUAGAAGAACUUUAAAAAAAAAAGGGAUAUCCACCCAAGAAGACCAGAAGCGACCGGUGAAUUUAUACGCACAAGAUGCCUGAUUCUGACUUUUGCCCAUAUACUGCUGCAUUCUCUCCCCACCCCACACCCCACACCCCUCGCUGUAUAAAACUUCAUUGGCCACGGAUUUUGUUUGAUUAAAGAAUUCCAUUUUAUAAUCACGCCUACAAGAACAAAAAUGAUCUCGCGGCUAUGACAAUCACCUUUGAAAUUACCGGUAAAACAUUACUUAUUGGGGUUUUGUAACGGAAAAAAAAAAAAUUUACUUGUCGUAAAAAUGCGCAGAAUUUAAGACCACUGCAUUCUUGCAACGUGACGUUCGUUCCAGUGUUUUUAUUUUUAACAGCCGUUUAAAAUCUGAGCGGCCCACAAGUAGCAUCUGCAAUGAGGAAUGUGUUAUUGAGUUGUGUUAUCUGUACCCACCCAGUCAUAGCUUGUGAGUAAUCAAAAAGACUAUGGGUGUCAAUAACCACUGGUUAAAUCUUGACCUCGACCUGAUGUGAAAUCAAUGGUAUCGUACUGCACCCGCGUAUAGAAGUAGACUCGUGUUGCCGUUGAGGAGUUGACCCUGCUGCAGCCAUGUGAUGGAAGAGAAUGAACGCCCUGCUGAUCAGCUUCCCGGUUCUGCCAGUCUUGUUGGCCAUACCAGUGCGGCUGAUCAUCAUCUUCCUGCAUUGUGAAGCCAAACGCGCUCGGGAGAGCAGAUUAUCUCCCAGGGCCUUGGCAGCAUUGACCUCGUCCUCACCAAAGGCGAGUGUUGCCAUGAGCCGGGUCCCUACUCCUCCCCUUUCUACCUCCCAGGUAAAAAGACAUCAGCUGUAAUCUUGCAAGUCGGGCAUCAUCGGGAACUCAGCAUGGCGGCAUUGAUGAACACACACACCUCCCCCCCCGGCGAGUUCUGUUCUGGAGGAGCGUUAAAACUGUGCUUGGCCAAAUUCCCCGUCUCACUAUUUCCUCCCUCUCCCGUGGCAUCAAAGCAGCACGGAAUCCUAAACCUUGAUCUCAAGUGCCUUGAAUGUGAAGUGCCGCAUUCGAUUAUUGUUUGCGUCACCCUGUCCGUGAAAAUUAUAAUCGGUUAUGGGACAACACCUUAGCCAUUAAUCUUCAAAUCAUGAUUAAACAAGGGGAUUUCUCCCCCCCCCAAAUUUUCCUCUCUCUCUCGAGAAUAGGACUUUUUAUUUUUUUUGCUUGUCCGUCGAAAGCAAAGUGAGAUCAGUAGCUGAAGGAAUCAAUGGGAAGAUUUAAUUUUUCAUUGCCUCUGGAUUAUUUUGGAGUCCUUAGCAGGCGAAAAAGAACAAUAAUGGUCUGGCGUUUCCUGUGGCUGUUUCGAUAGCAGGUUGCCUUGAGUAAGCGCUGAGAUUACAACAGGACCACACCACACGCCCCAAAUGAUAUUCAUUUUAAAUCACGCAAGUCUGGAACAAUUAUCCCACCAACUUGCCUCCGGCAGUAAUCUUUAACAUGGCUCGUGUUAACUCUAGAUUUAAAGUUUACAGUUUUCCAAUGAGCUUGGCAUCAAACUAGCUUUUAUCUGCCUGCAUUGACUAGUAACAAGUUGGGUACACUUGCUGUAUUAAUUUUAUUACAAUAACAAUGAGUGGUUCUCAAGAGUUGGAGCGUUUUCUCCCCAGCAAUAAAGCAAUAACCAAAUAUCCAUUAUGGAAACAAUUCAAAUAAAUUGCUUUUGAUAACAUUUUGUGUGCAUAUUAAUCAAUUAUAGAUUUCUAAGACUGUAGACGGAAAUGUGGCGUUGCCGAAAUAAGUAUCCGAAUAAUCUUUUAUUCAAUCCAAACCAUUGAUACAUGUAAAUAUCUGUAUUAAAUUUUAUCCAGCUCUUCCACUUUUCCAGUAUCUUUCUGUUGCAACCUGCGAAAGACUCUCCAGGUUAUGCUACGAAGGGCUAGUAUUGACCCAACGGAAGGGCCACAAAUUCUUAAUUUCGCCUCCCACCCCCCAUCCCCCAGCAUUGAAUCCAUGCCAGCCCUCCGAACUGCAGUGCCCCCCUACAGGCACGGCAAACCUUGGCUACAGGAGCUGAUCACUAGUCUGGUCAAAGCAAGGAAAUGUGUACCAAUCUCAAACUGUGACACUAUUUUGUAAUAAUCCGAGUCUGUUGUGUGCUGAACAGAUUUUUUUUUUAAUAAUCACUAAUAAAGAGAACUAUGUUGCCUAA